AUGAAACUCAGGUAAUAUGAGCCGCAUACUUAUCGCAUGCAAACGCCGUGCUACAAUCGUGCAGGCUUAAGUCAAGAGAGGAGUCUAAUGCAAAAGCAUCCCUUCUUCAUUAUAUGGCCGCAUACCUUAGCUUCGAAGGGAAAUGGAGUGAUGCAGAAGCGCUAAAUAUAGAGGCAAUGCGUAUUCGAAGGGGGUUAUUCGGAGAAACCAUGCUUCCACCUUAGUGAGCGUGGCCAAUCUAGCAUCAACAUAUAGGAGCCAGGGCCGAUGGGAGGAGGCAGAGAAGCUCGAGGUGCAGGUGAUGGAGACUCGCAAGAUGAAGCUUGGAGCCGACCAUCCUUCUACGCUGAUGAGCAUAGCUAGCUUAUCAUCAACAUACAGGAGCCAGGGCCGAUGGGAGGAGGCAGAGAAGCUUGAGGUGCAGGUGAUGGAGACUCGUAAGGUAACCCUUGGGGUGGUAUCCGGACUGGCAUCAAUCAACACCAGUCAGGGUCGACAGAGAGACGCGGAGCUACUACCGGAAGCAGCAGGUACAAAAAAGCGAGUGA